UAGUUUUAGUUUGGUAAUUUCGUCAGAAGCGGAUAGACGUCAGUUGUUGUGUUUUCGCGCAUGUGGUUCUGGUUGUAGCUGUGUGUGUGUACUGUGUAGUCACUCGUGGUGUAGUUACAGAGUUACAGUACCCUAGUGUAGUGUAAUUCGAAGAUAGAUAAGUAAGAACUGGAAUAGUCGAAAAUCCAUCCUAUUCCUAUUUUAAAUUCAGCUUCGAAGUUCCGAAAUUUCGAAUAGGUAUACAUGUGAUAAAAAUAAAUACGAUCAAGGCGUGAUUUAUAGAAGAACCAUUAGCUGAACGUCAACGUUAGGUUUGAUACAUCUGUUUGCUUUGUCACCACCCGCCAUCAUCGAAUGCUGUUGCUGAUUGUAGAUAAUCAAUUAUUUGUAGUCAGAACUCAGAAGUCAGAACCACUCUUCCUUCUGUCCUCCAGCUGUGGUACGUCUGUCGCCGACUCGCCGUUUAUGUACAAGUACCUAUGUGUUUGUACAUUUUGUACAUCUACGUCUGUGCAUAAAAACAAAUCGUUUAUAUCUUUCACCCUCUGGAUAGAAUCGUUCAUUGGUGCGGUUUAAAAAACAGAUCCAUCCAAUCAUGCUCCAGUCAAAAUAUUAUGAGCAACUUGCCAAUUCAAUUUUAACCAAAGCGGAGACCGUUCGUGGGCAAUUUUUAGUUUUGAAGAAGGAAUUAGAAGCAGCCAAUAAGAAAAACGAACAGCUCGAAAGUAAAUUAGCUCAAACGAGUGAAGAACGAGAUUUGCUGCUUUCCACACUGAAUAAAUUACUCUCUAAUGAGGAAUCCGAUUUUACGAACAAAAUUACUAUCAACUGCGAUGAAAAACUGGAGAUACGUUCGUCUGGAUCUGAAGUGGAAUCAAGCAUCGCCGACAACGAUUUUAAAUACGACGACGAUAAGCUUACAUUAGGAAGAAAUACCCAUCAUAAGCAGGCCGUUGAUGUUGUGGAAGAUAAAAUUCCGGAAGUAAAGGAUGAAAGAAACUUUCCUGAAGGCCCUGAGCGAUCACAUACCUUACUUGAGCAAGCGCUUACUGCCGAAGAUAAAAUUCCGGAUGUGGAAGAUCAGGAAAAUGGAAUAAAUUCCCCAGAAUGUUUGAAUACCUCAUCUGAUUAUCGGCCUCGGUCACCGGAAAAACUCGCCACGUUAGAACCAGUUUCAUCAGUGCCUGAAGGUCAAGUGAAGAUCGAAUCGAACGAUGUUCAUGAUGGAGUUGAUCGUAACGUUGUAUGUACUCCAACCAAGAAAAAAAAGCAUUUGAAUUGUUCGAAAUCGAAAAAGUACAACGAAACUUCGCCUAAAAAAAUCUCAAAGCAACGCACUCUCGAAAAACGAUGCCUGAUCUGCAAGAAUAGCAAUAACGGACUAGAUAAACCCUACCGAACUACGCAACUACUCGACGAGCAUAUCAGAAAAAACCAUCCUGACUACAGUUCUGCGUACAUUCGUUGCCCUUAUGUCGAAGGAAAAUGUAAUCGACAUUUUCUGAAAAUGGAAACCUUAAUUUUACACGUCACAUUUCGUCAUCAAGAUGAAAGUUCGCGUACUCCUCUGUGGCGGUUUUUCCCUGAUCUGAAGGAUUUAUGGGAAUGUUCCGUUUGCGAUAAAAAGUUUUCAAAGCCUCAUAUUUUGGCCAAACACAUCAGGAGAAUGCACGGAAUGGCGAAAAAGGUUAUAAAAUGUGCUGCCCGUGGAUACAUUUUGCGAACCAUAAGGCAAAUAAUGUCGCUCGAGAACUUCAAGAAAACACCAAAAAAGAAAUCCAUUCCAGCUUCUGCGUCUUCUCGCGCCGUUGAAAAAGAACCGAAUAUCAAUCAAGUAAAUGAUAUUGAAUCGAUCUCGGAUUCAGACGCUUCGAAUGAUCGACCAAAAGCGCAGACUGCCGAAAUAAACAGUUCGCUAGACGAUGGCGAUGAGAACAGCUCUCUGAAUGAUUCGACUGAAAGUAUUCAUUGGUGCUCAUUUUCUGAUGGAGUAGCUCAUACGUGUAAGAAUUAUUCUGAUUUCGAAGUCAAGAUUGAGGCAAGAAAAACAAGAAGCAGCUCACCUCGUUUGCGUAGAUCAUCAACUCGUCUUCGUGAUUUAAAAACAAAAAUCGGGAAUGUUAAAAAUAAAAAACAGAACCAAGCGAAAUCCAGUCGUAAAGCUUCGUUAGAUGAAAAAAAUAAAAAUGGCGCUGAUCCUAAUUAUAAAGACGCGGUGUUUAUUAAGGCCAUAAGGAACAACCAGAGAGUGAAAUUGAGAAGUGCAUCUCUUCCUUAUGAUCUAAGGAGGUGGGUAAUCGGAAACGCAAGAGUUGACUGAGUAAGUUAGGCAUAGCUACUACGGCAUGUAAAGAGUAAAACGCGGCCUGUUUUUACUAAGAAGGGUACGUGUAACGUGAAGAUAUUAUAUACCUACUCUUCAUUAAUUUGUGAUUCAUGUUAUUUGUUUUGAUUAAGUUUUAAGAUUGACUAUAAUAACGAUUAUAAUCAUUGUUUUUAUCUUAUGCGUAAGAGUGACAUUAUUUAAAGAAACUUAUUUCUUUAAAAAUGAAUAAUUUUAUACCUUAUUAUCAACCCUAACUGUUUAAAUUUUUAAGUAUGUAUAAGAAUUUUUAAUGAAAUUUCAAACGAU